AUGCCUGCUCAUGCAACAGAGCUUCAUGUAGCGGCGUCUGACACUACGGCUGAGCUUCCACCAAGCCAGACGAUUGUGUCUGCUCAAAACAAUGGCCGCCACGAUGUUGAGCAGGCCCCCAACCAACUGGGAAACAAUCUGCAGCAGGUCUUCGACCAGCUUAUGGCCAUGACUGAACAGACGGAUAACACGACCCAUAGGAUCAAGGACAGCAAGCACAAGACCCUCUCGCGUAUGAUUGAGUGGUUUGGGCAAUUCAGUCAUCGGCUCGUCGAUCCGCAGACUCAGGAAACCUUUGAAAAUAAUGCCGACGACUAUGAUAGCUUGGCUCAAGAUGUGGAUAGGGCUAUGAAGGCGGUGGACAAAUUUGUGCUUGACACAGCUACUCCUGAGCUAUGUCCAUAUCAUUCAAGGGAGAUUAUUGAUGCUGGCAGUCGUAUGGCCGGCCUCGAUCCGCGGGUCCGGUUUAUGACAAGUCAUCCUUCUGAACAGGCUUCGGUCUAUCGCGGCACCCAAGCCGGUACUCUGUCGAUCACCAAACCUUGCGCAUGUGUGCGGCAAAAAUUUGUCCAAACUGGCUCCUGA